AUGGAGGACCAUCCUAUCACAUUUUUCUUUAUCCUGUCUCUCUCUGAAGUAUUGUGGCCUUGCACACUAUUCUUAAUUCUGGCUGCAGUUCGUUUCCAGGAACCUCCCAAACACAAGGAACACUGUUAUCUAGAAGCCCGAGAUUUGCCAAAUCGUGGCCUUUAUCCUUUUGUUCGGAGCCUCUUUUGUAAUGUUGGCUCAAGGUGCAAGAACAGCAGUUAUUCCACUCCAAAAAACAACAGUUUCCGAGCCUCCAAUUUCCAAGAUGGUCCAGAGAGUCUUUUGGGAAAUGACAUGGCCUUCCUGAAAGAAAUACAAGACCUUGCAGAGGAAAUCUUAGAGACUACUGAGAAAGCCAUUGUUUUACAAAAAGUAUGGGGAAAAGAAUCAAAGAUUCCAGGGCUGAACGACAGCUCUGUUUUGUUAGCUAAUCAUAUGAAGGUAUUACCCAGCGUAAUAGAUGUCAUCUUUAUCAAAUCACUAAUCAGAGUGGAUUUGAAUAAAGCAGAAGAGAUCAUUUCUACAGUUGAAAGCCUUUACAAACAACCCUACUUUUGGGACCUUCUUCACUUGCUCCCUGGACUACAGGCAAGCAGCCUUUACAAAGAGGAUUUGAUACAUGCUCUAGCACAGUUUCUGGAGACCUUUAAAAAUUCCAUAACAUCUUUGGAAGAGUUGGAUGUAAUGCCAUCAAACCAAAGUUUCUACAGAGCAGUGAAAUUAGGACUGAAUACCUCUAUUACAGCACUACAUUUCUUAGAAGACUGGAGCCUGGAAGGUUCUCAGUAUAACCUUUCUCUUUGGGAUGUGAUGUGGGAUCCAUAUGCAGUCAAAAUGGAACUUGAAUCCAGAUUUGGUUUCAGUGAACUUCAUGCUAAGAAACUUCUGAAUUAUAUGGCAGUGUUAAAUAAGAUUCCCACUGAAGACACACUGGAGCAUUUUGUGUGCUCAGCCCUGUCCAACAUGUCAGAAGCCGGAGCUGACAGUCGGGAUAAUGAGGGUGGCUGUAUCCCUGCAUGGCUGGAGGCCAAACUCUAUCUUGUCCAUUCUGUCAACAAGAUCAAACUCUACACACAGAUAUUUCAGCAGUGGUUCGGCAGCAGCAAGUUUCGAAAAAUCCUUUCUGAACUUGGAGGAAAUAUGGUUGAUCUUGUGUCUCAAUAUUCAAACGACAGUGAGGCCUUGAAGAUUGCUUCAGCGAUAAAUACCCUUAUCCAGUAUUGGAGUGAGACACUGGAACCAAAUUUUCCAGAAAGGCAUCAUGAAACUCAGGGCAUUAUUCUGCAUGUGGAGAAACUACAGACUCUGACUGAAAAUUUGCCUCAAUGGUCUCUUAUGAAGAGGCUGAUUCUGGUAGAUGGAGCUUUGAGGAAUAUAAUAACUCAGAAUUUAUAUUUCACUAAAGAAUUUUUACAUCACUUGGAAAAAGUGCUCCCCUUUCUUCAAGAAGAUGGAGUAGUGCAUCUGGACAUUGAAAUACUCUUUUGGGAGUUAAAGCAGACAUUGAUGAGUAAUGCUUCCUAUAUAUGCGAGGAUUUGCUUACAGUAUUUGAGAAGGCCCUUCAGCUUCCUCCAAACUCUGAAGUCAUAGAUGUUCUAGCAAGAUUUGUGUGCCAUUACAACAAUUCAAAUGAGGCUUUUAAGUUAAGCAGUCAAAUCCAGUCAAUAAAGGAAUCUGUCUUACUUCUGCAGAAAGUAAUUCAUGGACAACAGAGCCUGCCAGAUUCAAUAAUGGAAGAGUUUUUGGGAUGGCAAGAAAUAGAACAGCAGCUCGCUGAAAAUAGUGCUUCUUACUGUAAAAUUAAUCAGCUGCUGAGCACAAAGGCACCAUCUGGAGAGGAUGUCUAUUUCAGCUCUUGUCAGGAGCAGCUGCUCCUCUCAUUAGUUAUUCGUACACUUGAAGAAGUAUGGUUUGGUUUUGAGGAGAUCCCACACUGGAAGGACGUAACAACAGCUGUCAGGACAAUGUGUGGCAUAGCUCAAUUUGUGAAUGAGGCAGAAGGCUUCAGAAGAGGUCAGUCAGAUUAUUUUGGAUCAUCCCUGUGUACUGGAAACAAUCUCAAUUUUAAGGCUUUAAUUGAAAAUUAUUUAGCAUUUCUGAAAAACUUAUCAAAUUCCCCAUUUGCUUCAUGGGCAAGGAUUUUGACAUCUGUCAAACAGCUUCUGACAAGUGAAGAAAACUUACAAAUUCCUGAAGAGAAAGGAGACAUAGUUAACAGCUUGCGCCUUGCAGAAUUUGUACAAGAAAAUUUGAUGCCUGGUUCUUUGUCUUCUUCAAGCCUUCAAGACACCCAAUCCCUCCUAGACACAGUGUUGAAUAAUGCUAUUACAUGGAUUAACGGUUUUGCCAGUGUGGAGACAAAUGAGUCUGCUGUGGAUUUUUAUUCAUUUUCUGACCUCAGUAAAAAGCUACUAGAGAAUUUUCAACUUGUUUCAAGGCUCUGGCCAAAUGAGCAGGCUGCAGUAUUUUGGGAAACGGUGGAAAUGGUCUUAUAUGAGCUUGAUCCUAAACUACUACACCUCUUGAUGAGUACAAGUUCAACUGGAGAAGUAGAGAACUUGGAGAACUUCUUAUCUAAAAUUGUGUUCUCUGUUCCAGAAAAUCAGAAAGUCCUUAAUAAAAGCCUUCGGUUUUUCCAAAAUAUCCGCACACAUUGGCCUCAAUGGAAUGUUGGUGACAUAAAGGUUGUAAAUAAUUUCUGUGAAAACUUCAUAAGGAGUCUGUAUGAGGUUGGGUUAUUGACCCAAGAACAUGUCAGUACAGCUCUUAGUACCAUGGACAAAAUGAGAAAUCUGUCUUGUAUUCUACUCUCCAGUGGAACUGCUGUAUCUAAAGUACAAGACACAGGGAAAAUUGUGUCUGAUUUCUACCAAAACAUCCCCAGGAUAGUGGAUAGUAAAGCUGCCUCACUUGUUGAGAUGCUUUCCACUGUAUAUCAAAACAUUGAUCAAUUCUUAAGAAUCCAGAGCAAUAGCUCUUUGUUAUCUUUCUUCCACAAAACUUCAAAAGACAUUUCAUCUACUCGAAUACAGCUUGCUUUCCAAAACAUGAGUGUGGUUUUUGACUUUCUAUCUGAAAUUAUAACACUUCUUAAUGGUCUUACUCAGAAGCCUCUCUGUGAAAAGUUAGCAAGAGUUUACAACUACUUCAUCCUCCAGGCCCAGUCCCUUGCACAGAAAGGGGAACAAGAGGUACAAGUUGUAUAUAAAACUCUGGGGAGCCUUAAAGCUAUGUUUAUAGAAAAAGAGCUACGUACAGUUGCCUUUCAAUACUUAGAACAACUUUUUGACAUUCCACCAGAAAGCCUGUUAAAUAAUGAAUGUACUGAUUUUUAUGUUCUUGGCAUUCCUUCUGAGGAACCUUUAGUAAAGAGUUACAGCUCACUUUUUCUUCCACUGGUCAGCAUUCUGUCCAAUUCAACAGACUUUGGGGUAUCUGUGCCUUUUGCCAUGCAUUGCACCACUACCUGGCUUCAGAUGUGGACAGAGAUUCUUCAACAAGCUUCUGAAAUGUUAACACUGGAUUUAAAUUUUAUCACAUACCUACAAAACGGCCUGACCCAGAUUUCUGAAGGGCUUGAAAAUAUAACCCAUGCUGAACCAUGCAAUGUGACAUUUGUAGUUAGUCCUGAAACUACAUCUGCAUUGAAUCUACUAGGCAUCAUAACAGGAGCUGGGAAAUUGAACAACUGGGAAGAUUUUGAUGCCUUCGAUGAUCUUAUAAGUGCACUUAAGAUUGCAAUUGAUAUCACCAGCAACCUUACAAGGGAAAGUCUGGAGGAAGCUUUCCAAACAAUGGAAACAGUGAUCACAGAAUUACAGAAAUCUCUGCUGAAGACUUUUAGCAGGGAGUUUUUAGAUUUCUGGGCUGGCAUUUUUGCUCCACUGAGUUCUGAAGUGGAAUAUAAGAAGACAAACCUUUAUUCCAUUGGGCAUUCACUUUCAAGUAUCCUAAAGCUUUCUACAGAAGAGCUGGUCAUUGUUCUCACAGAGCUAAAAGAGACUGCUGGAUUCCUUAAAAACAUAUCUCAAGAUCGUUACCUACUGGCUUGUGCCAACAUUCUCCAGAAUGUGACAGAGUUAGAUUUGACAGCCAAAAAUAUUUCACAAAUACCUUUCUGGUUUCAUCCUGAUUACCUUCUAACCAUUGGUAAUAUCCUGAAUGGAGUAAAGGGUUGUAAUGAGUGGAUAGAUAUUAUCAGUAACCUCAGUGAGAAAUUAAUCUUCCCUUCCAACCUUGAAAACACAAGCCAUGUUUUAUUUCUGUUGUUGUCUCUGGGAAGCCUUGAUGAUAUGGAUUAUAGUCUAGAGAAUAUCCUGGAUAUUAUUAACAUGGCUUAUUUUAAUUUGGAAGAUUCUCUGUGUUUACAGAAUGGUUCUGAUGCACAUUGUAUGAAUAUUUAUUUCAACAUUAUAGAAAAAAUUUUAAAAUUCACCCAGCCAACAUCUUAUGUUAAAGGUGAUGCCCAUACACUUGACUUUAUCUUUAAGCUAUUAAAUAGCUCAGGGGGCCAAAUAGAAGCAAUUGUUAAACACUUAAUGAAGUACUCGCAAUACACAUCUGACUUGAAACAGACAUAUUUCACUAAACUAAUCACUGGAGCCACUGAGAAUUCAAGUGAAGUCCCUAAUUUCUUUCAUAGUCACCAGCCUUCUUCAGUAGCCCACUGGAAAAGAAUUUGGAUUUUUCUGAACAACCGAACUGCUGCAAGCCUACGAAACAGCACAUCUCUUGUGGACAUUGUACAGCUCCUAAAUGCAUUAGAAGCGAUCCCCCAAGACAAAAAUAUAAGCUUGCUAAUGGAAUCCUUUGAACAUCUAAUAACUUACAUUGCAUCAAACUUGUCACAUAAUAUGCAAAACAUACCUCUGCAGAUGUUGAUGAAUGCAGCAGCUAUGGAUGUUGAACUGGUUGGGAAAGCAUUAACGUUUUUAAAGUCUUUUAGCAUUACCAAUUUUCCAAUAAUAGUAGGUGAUAACAAAUUUCUAAAGCAUAUGGAAAAUUUUAUGCAAACCCUUGAGAAUACAGAUCUAGAAUUCUUAACAAAUCUGCUAGAACAGGCCUCUAAGAGCCUGCACAAAUUCUUUACAAAUAUUAAAGCUUUGAAGGUUGAGAAUCCUGUUUUGGGAACAUUGACAGGCUGGUUACAUAUGCUUGAGAACAAUUCACAUUUUUGGAACUUGACAAAUAUAUUGCCUGUCUUAGAAUUGUUUCAAGCUGAGCAUGAUGAUUUUGUAGAGGCACUUUACCUUCUUCCUGAUGUCUUCAGUCUUCUAGAGCAGUUACCUCACAACAGCAACAUCACUGAUGCCGUAAUUGAAGUAUUUACUUUCAUGUUGAGUCAGGAAACAAAUAUGUCAAUAUGUGCCAAGGAAGAUUUAUUUAGUAAAGCAAAUGGCCUCCUAAAGUUACUGGAGCUAGUAACAAAUAUGCCUGAUGAAUCUGCAAAGGCCUUGAGUUGUCUCAGCACAGUUGCCUGCUGGAAUCUCACAACAACCAACCUGUUGGCUGAUCCUGCUUUGAAGCCUUGUAACUUAGAUUCUUCCUUUGUUUACAACAUGGUCACUAAUGCAUUUGAGCUACUGCAAUUGACAGCUCCUGCAGGAAAUUCUCUAUGCUCUAAUGAAGAUCUGCUGAGAGAGGCCUCUUCCAACAUGACUUGCUUUUUCUAUCAGCUCAAGGAGUGGAACUCCUUUUUUUUGAAGUUUUCUGAGAUCCACCAUCUGGAUGAUGAAGUUCUGAUGGAUUUAGAGGAGUUUUGGGAUGAUCUGUCAGUCUCUCUUAUGUCUUCAGGAAACAGUAGUGUUCAUUCAAUUCGUUGCCCAUGCACACCAAAAAGGCAAGCUGCUUUGCAACUCAUAGAAGUAGUGAACAAUAUGACAACAGCAGACAUCGGGAGGGCCAGAGCUGUCUCUGACCAGUUAGCAGAUCUGCAUAGCCUUCUACGCUUGAAUGGAAGUGCAGGAACAUCAGUUAUAAACACUAUUCUUACUAAUUUAAAAACCAUGGCCAAUGAUAUUUCUGGAAUGCUAGAUUCUGAGGAUGUCCUCUCCUUUCUUUCUGCAGCCCAGCCUUUAAUGGCACUCUCUCCAGUUGGAAACCAAACUUACAUGGUAUUCAUGGCAUUAGCAACUUUAAGUAGGAACAGUAGUCUGUUUGAUAACUUUGAGGCCCUCUGGCUUGAUACAGAGAAAAGCAUAUGGGAUUUACUGGUGAAUUUUGAUGUCAGCCACCUGCUCUCUGUGAUAAAAAAAGAAGUUCGACUACUAAGUACAGCAGCAGGACAAAACUCUUCACUGGCACUUGGUAGUUUCAUUAAAUGGUUUAAUUUGUCAUCUCUGGAAACCACAAUAACAAUUUUUGAGGGACUUCGAGAGAUUGAGAGAGACUGGCUGAAUGAGUACACUCAUAAAAAUUAUUCUAGAAUAAUAAAUGCACUAGUUCUCCUCAUGGCUAAUGAAAACUCAUCAGAUGAUCUCAUUGCAAUUAUCAAAGACAUCAUUGACUUUUUGGAGGUCUUCCAGAAUGGUUCUAGAGAUUAUUUCAAUAUUUCAUUUGUUACUGAUCUUCUUAAUGAAGAAAAGCUCAAUAAUGUUCAUGUUGCUCAUUUGAUUUUACAGAACAGUAUGCUUAAUAUGAUCUCUGACUUUGUUACUGAAGAAGAGAUAAUGCACUUAAAUUCUAGAGACCUUCAAAUAGAGGAUUUCAUUGAUUUGUUUUUUAACAAUACACAAUAUGAAAACUAUAGAAAAAAUACUGCUCCAUUCCAAAGUAGGAUAAUGGAAACGGUAAAAGUGUUACUGCAGAUAUUUUUUCCAUCUUCUGCAGAAUAUUACAGGAACAAAAUAAUUGUCUUACUAAAAGACUUGCACAGGGAUAUAAUGGCAGAAAUGAGUAUAUUUCCCCGAGAUAAGAUAUUAGCUCUUCUGAAUUUGGAUUGGUUGAUCAAGCUACAGGAAGAAGUUGAUGGAUUGAAGGAAAAUAUAAUUUAUUCUAGUUUUAAAGAACAUCUGUAUGACCCACUCAAAGCCAUAUCAGAGGACGAGACACUUCACUUUGAUAGUGCAAAAGGACUCAAGUUUGUGAAGGAUUUGUUUAAUGUCCUAUUUGGAGAGUCUGCUGAAAAAAAUGGCACCCAAGAUGACUAUGAACUGUUUCAUUUUAUGAAUAAUUUGUGUAAUGCAAAUAAUUCAUGGAAACUUGUUAAGAUGACUAGAGAUCUUUCCACGGCUCUCCGAAUUAUGAGGCAAACUUUUGCAGAAAUGGGAAAGAGAGUGGAUAUUUUCAUGAGUAAUCACUCUAAAGAUUUCCCAGAUUUCUAUUUUCCUUUCUGGGAAAUGGACCUUGUCAGUUUAGCAGAACUGUUAAUCUCUUUAGACAAGGCAUUUCCUUUGAAAAAUAGAGAGGUAAUAGAAGCUACAAAAAGAUUACUUUAUCUUAUUUCAUGGAGCAGUAGCACUAACUACACUCAUGGACCAUUUUCAGAGACUGCUGAUUAUUUGAGCACUUUGCUGCAGGAAAGUGAUGAGUUUGCAAAGGUAACAGAAGUAGUAGAAGCUAUUGCUAAAUUUCUGGCAUGGUCCAAGAAAGCUUCAGAAAAGAUUGUUACCAUUUUUGAACAACCUUCUGACUCAGACACUACAGGAAACUUAGACUACCUCCAUGUGUUCUAUCCAGUUCUUCAAAGAGCUGUUUGUGAUGCAGUGAAUGAGUUAACUACAAGUGAGACUGCAGAAGCUGUCUAUUCAAAUGAAAAAGGUUUGGCAGAUUUGGUGAAAGCAUUUCUUGAUUUGACCUACUUGUCUAUUCAGGUUGAUCAUUCCAGUUCAAAUGGCUCUGAGACUGUAAACACAUCCACCAGAUUGCCUGCAAAUCUGGGCAAAGCCAGUGAAUUAAACAAUAUUGUAGGUGAAAUUGCUUCAUUUCUAGCAGAUGUGCAGAAUUAUUCUUGGGUACUAGAAAGACUUGUUACAGUUGUUACCAGUGCAAAUAUAAACUCACCUAAUGAGACUGUCAGCCUAAUAGAGUAUCUUCUUUGUAUUUUUGUACCAAUAAAUGCUAUUACUAGCAAAAUAGCUUUAGCUAGUACACUAAAUCUUACUCGCAAUCCAACACAAGAAGAAAAAUGGGGUGAAAUUCAGGAAAUGAUUGCUAAUUUUCACACAAAAAAAUGCACAUCCAUAAAGGCUUUCAUCAGAGCUGUGGCUGAUCUGUUCCUGGGGGGGUUCUGGGAAAAUAAGUUAAAUGAAAAUGACUUAAAUCUGCUGCUGACUUAUGCGAACAACCAAGAUGACUUUCUGAGAGUUAUGGAAAUCAUUAUGCAAUUGUUCAAUUUAACAAAUAAUGUUUCUGAAAGACACUUCAGCCUGAGGUCAUUUUUUGCCAGCCUUAUCAACCAAAAUAUAAGGUACCUUCAGAAAGAACAAUCCAGCUGGAAAACUGCUAUUGAGGGCUCAUUAAAUGAAAUUCCCUGGAUGGAGUUGCUGCAUUUAAAUAAUAACCAGCAGGUGAAUUCAACAAGAACCUUGGUCAAAACAUUGUUGGGGCCCUUUGUUAAUGGAAUCACUGGUGUAGCUGAUGCAGACCAGCUACAAAAGAGUGCACAGAGGCUGAUGCAUGGUCUUAAAUGGACGUUCAAACAACUAUCAUCUUAUGAAAAAUAUGCCCAGAGACUGAUUGGCUUGACUGAAUAUUGGCAACAAGGCCCACUAAAUGAUCAAAGUGUCUCUGAGAUGUGCCAGGUUUUCCAGAAGCAUUUAAGCCCUGCUAGUGUCUUACUGCUACAGAAUGUACAGAUAACAGCUUUGAGCAUACUUAAAAUUGUUGCAGAAAAACCAACAGUCAUCAGCAACCUUCUCUGUGCUUUUACAAGCUGUAAAAAUGGCUUAACAAAGCAUCUUCUCCGUUCUGUUACUGAAGGAAUCAGUUUUAUUCAUGAUCGGUACCAGGAUAUUGAAAAAACGUGGCCCAUUUCUAACCAAGGAGAUUGUGAGAAUGUUGUAAAUAUAAACAAGAAGUUUUCUGGUACUCUGCAUAGCUUCCUGAGAACUUUACAAAACACCACCGAUAGCAGCUGUGAAUGUCAGCUCAUGUUAGAGGACAUCCAGAAGCAUGUACAAAGGUUGGCUGAAAACCUAGAGGCACUUUUGUCAGGAAACUCAGUAGCCGCUUUUCUCAGUAACUUCAGUCUACCGGAUGAUGUGAAAAUCAAAGACUUUGUGCAGAACCUUACUGAACUGACUCUGGAGCUUCAUUCCUCAGUCAAUAUCUCUGAAGAAACCAUAGACGUCAUCUUGGAAGGGAGUGGCUCGCAUUCCAAGUUUCUUUACAGUGUUCUUGCAGUAGCAUUAGCUGGAAGAUGUGACAAGGAGGUCCUUAGUCUCUUGCUGACGCUUCCUGGAAAUGACCAAACUUCUCAGGCAGUGAAAGAACUUUGUGCUUUGCCAGUGCUGGACUUGUAUACUAUGAUUGUACUGAUUGCUCAGAAUUUGAACUUGCGUAAUAUCAUUUAUAAGGUCAAGAUCCCUUCUGAGGUAGAUAACUUGCUUAACAUCUUGUUGGAUCUAGUUUCUAGCAUCAGCUCUCUUCUAAACAAAGCCCAGCAUGUCAUGGAAAACCUUCCUAUGUUCUUCCAAGCCUUCAGAAAUAUCUCUCUACUGGACAUCUCUAUAUUCCAUCAGUUCUUACAGGGUGGUCAAUCGAGAAGUUCUGCUAUUGGAUCCCUUCAGUCAGUAAUCAAGGCAGUCUGUAAAGAGGAAUCUUCAUUCUUCAGCAAUGCCAACAUGUUCAUUGACAUGCCCAGAAUCACAGAACUCUUGGAGGAGGAUAUGGCAAAAUACAGCAUUCCCAAAGACUCAACUCCAUUUUGCUUGCAGCUUUAUCAAGAAAUUUUGCAGUCGACUAAUGGGGCUUUGCUGUGGACCUUCCUGAAGCCCUUGCUACAUGGAAAGAUACUCUACACUUCCAACAUUAAAAAGAUCAAUCUGGUGAUGGAAAAGGCUAAUCACACAUUCAGUUUUGUGGAGAAUCUGAAGACUUAUGCAAAGACAUGGCUCAGGAUGUCCAAGAUGUUUAAACAUGGCGAAAAUUUCUUCAUGCUUAGUCAACUUCAGGAAGCUUUGCAAAACAGUUUUAUAAAGAACUUUGUAGAAAGUCACUUGAAUCUUGAUGUGGGAAAAUUUGUUGGCAAGCUGCAAAUAUAUGAGGCUAUGAUGGACAAGAUGCUCAACAACUCAGUGACUGAGCAGAUUGACCUAUUGUCACAGCUCAUGGUAAAUAUCUCCUCCUGUGUGUUAUUGGAUCGCUUCCAGCCUUUAGAGUCUGUUGAGGAAUUGGAGGCGAAGGCUCAUGAGCUCAUGCAACAAAACAAUUUCUUGGCUAGCAUCAUAUUCCAUACAUCAGACAACAAGGCGCACACACAAGAUUCUAUUGAUUACCUUCCUCCACACAUUUCAUAUACAGUCCGGACCAGUGUUCUGUUCAGCAUGAGAACAGAUUUGAUUAAAAACCCAAUGUGGAAAUUCCACCCGCAGAACCUGCCAGCUGAUGGAUUCAAAUACAACCACAUCUUCAUUCCACUGCAAGACAUGAUUGAAAGUGCAAUUGUUUCAGUGCAUGCUGGAACUGAUACUUCAGAGCCAGAAAUACAAGUGCAAGCUAUGCCGUAUCCAUGCCACACAAGUGACCUAUUCUUGAACAACAUAGGGUUUUUUUUCCCACUCAUAAUGAUGCUAACAUGGAUGGUAUCUGUUGCUGGCAUGGUCCGGAAACUGGUUUAUGAGAGAGAAAUUUGUCUUGAAGAGUAUAUGAAGACAAUGGGUGUGCACCCAUCCAUUCAGUUCCUAGCCUGGUUUCUGGAGAAUAUAGCUGUACUUGCUAUAAGCAGCUGCACUCUGGUCGUCAUUUUAAAAGUGAGCGGCAUCUUUGCUUACAGCGACAGUUUCCUCAUCUUCCUCUUCUUCCUUGAUUUUGGAGUUGCAGUUGUUAUGCUAAGCUACCUGAUGGGCACAUUUUUUAGCAGUGCCAAUACAGCAGCCCUCAGUGCCAGCCUUGUGUAUAUGAUAAGUUUUUUACCCUACAUAGUUUUGUUGGUUUUGCAGAACCAACUGAGUUUUGCCAACCAGACCAUUGCUUGCCUUUUGUCUACAACUGCCUUUGGACAAGGGGUGUUUUUCAUUACAUUCUUUGAAGGCCAAGAAAUAGGAAUUCAGUGGAGCAACAUGUACCAGACCUUGCCACAAGGAGGAUCUAUUACUUUUGGAUGGGCAUGCUGGAUGAUUUUCUUUGACUCAAUUAUGUGUUUUAUAGCUGGCUGGUAUUUCAGCAACACAAUUCCUGGUCGAUAUGGAUUAAGGGAGCCAUGGUACUUUCCCUUAACUGUCUCCUAUUGGAAGAACUUCUGCAGUACAGACAUUUUUUUUUUCAAUGAAAAUUUCCAAGGAAGAGGUUCAAUGCCUCAAGAGCAGAAAAUCACUAGUGAAGAAGGAAUCUCUCAAGGCGUAGUACUUAUUUCACUCACCAAAGAAUAUACACAGAGCAAAAAUACUGCAGUUAAAGAUCUAAGCCUCACUUUCUACAGAGAUCAGAUCACAGCUCUCUUGGGGCCCAAUGGAGCUGGCAAGACAACGGUUAUAUCAAUGUUGACAGGCCUGUCCCCACCCAGUUCUGGUACCAUUAUCAUCAAUGGAAGGGACAUGCGUACUCAUCUGACUGCUGUCAGACUGGAAAUUGGUGUUUGUCCACAGCACGAUGUACUGUUUGACAUGUUAACUGUGCAAGAGCAUCUGUUGCUUUACGGCUCAGUGAAGGCGUCUCAUUGGACAAAGAAACAGUUAAACCAACAAGUCUUUAGAGGCCUGAAGGAUGUGGGUUUAUCUGAACAUCAGGACAAACUAGCUGGUACCCUGUCUGGGGGAAUGAAAAGGAAGCUCUCAAUUGCUAUUGCCUUUAUUGGAAACUCAAGGACAGUCGUUCUCGAUGAGCCCACCAGUGGUAUAGAUCCAUGUUCACGGCGUAGCAUCUGGGACAUUCUCUUGAAGUACAGAGCUGGUCGCACGCUGAUUUUCACGACUCACCAUCUUGAUGAGGCAGAAGUGCUCAGCGAUCGUAUUGCUAUCCUGCAGCAUGGGCAGCUGCACUGCUGUGGUUCUCCCUCUUACCUGAAGGAAAAAUAUGGCCAGGGACACAGCCUAACGCUCAUUAAAAAGCCCUCCAUGUUUGAAAUCCAGGAUCCCAAGGAUACCGCCCGAGUUACAUCUCUGGUGCAGUCCCAUCUACCAGAAGCAUUCCUGAAAGAGAACACUGGGAGUGAGCUGACUUACCUGAUUCCAGAGGUGGCAGACAAGGCCUCCUUUAAAGGUCUUUUUCAGGCUUUGGAUGAAAACCUUCUACAUCUACAUGUGACUGGCUAUGGCAUUUCAGACACUACCUUGGAGGAGGUGUUUUUGAAGUUACUGCAGGAUACAGGGAAGAAGCCGCCUAUGCCCUUGGCAAUAGACUUGGAGGCCCCACUUGCUAAUGGUACUGAAUCAACCUAUCAGAAAUAUAGCUCUCUCAUGGAUGCUCAGACUGUGCAUGGAGCCAGCCUCGCUCUCACACAGAUUGCUGCCCUUCUGUUGAAGAGGUUUCAUCACACCAGACGAAACUGGAGAGGAACUCUGUCAAAUGUUUUACUGCCUGUCCUCUUUGUUACCAUGGCAAUGGCCUUGUUUACUGUGAAGCCAUUGGCUAUUGAUUAUCCUUCGCUCAAGUUGACCCCCGGACUUCAUGACAAUGCAGAAUCCUUCUUUAGAAAAAAUGAUGUGUGUUGGCAGACUGAGCCUAGUUCACCACAAAAAAUUUUGGAUUCUUGUGGGUGUGUGAAGUGCCCAAUUAUUAAUAUCUCAGUUCCCUACUUGAAGAAUAUGCAAGGACAUCUCCUGUACAACCUCUCAGGGUUCAAUGUGGAAGAAUACUUAAUCAGACCUUCUAACAAAGCAAGAUGUGGAGGUUGGACAUUUGGAGUGAAAAUACACCCUGAAUUUCAAGGUGUCAAACCAAAUUGGACAAGCUCUAAGCCUUUGGCUAAGGUGUGGUACAACCAGAAAGGGUUCCACUCACUGCCAUCAUACUUAAAUCAAUUGAACAACCUUUUUCUGUGGAUGAAUUUGCCUUCUAAUGUGGACUGGAGACAAUAUGGAAUCACACUAUAUAGUCAUCCAUAUGGAGGAGCCUUGCUGGAUGAGGACAAAAUAAUGGAGAAUAUUCGUCAAUGUGGAGUAGCACUGUGUAUCAUGUUGGGAUUUUCUCUCCUUACGGCAUCCAUUGGAAGCUCCAUUGUGAAAGACCGUGAGUCUGGGGCAAAGCGGCUGCAGCACCUCACUGGGCUUGGCUACAAGACCUACUGGCUUGGUAACUUCCUUUAUGAUAUGCUGUUUUACUUGGUUCCAGUUAUCCUGUGCAUUGGUGUUAUUACUGCCUUCCAGCUAUCCGCCUUCACUUUUCGACAGAACUUGGCAGCCACUGCUCUCCUGCUGAUACUCUUUGGAUAUGCAGCUUUACCAUGGAUGUAUUUUGUGUCCAGAUUCUUUUCAAGUUCAGAUGUAGCCUUCAUUUCUUACAUCUCCUUAAAUUUUGUGUUUGGUCUUUGUACCAUGCUGGUGACACUCUUGCCUCGUUUGUUAGCUAUAAUUACCAAAACACAGAGUUUUGAGAAUCUCUACAGAAUCUUCAAAUGGGCUUUUAUUGUUUUCCCCCAAUUCUGCUUGGGCCAGGGUUUAAUAGAACUCUCCUACAAUCAAAUCAAGUUUGACCUGACAAGUAAUUUUGGAAUUGAUUCUUAUGUGAAUCCUUUUGAGAUGAAUUUCCUUGGCUGGAUCUUUGUGGAAAUGGCCCUGCAGGGGACAGUCCUCCUUCUCCUGCGGGUUUCCUUGCACUGGGAUCUGAUGCAAAAACCAAGGGGCCAUUGUUCCAUCAGCAGCAUAGUCAAUCCUUCAGAAGACAUAGAUGUAGCAAUGGAACGAAAGAGGGUCUUUGGUGGAAGAACUAAUAAUGAUAAUGAUGUCCUUCUGCUAUAUAACCUCAAAAAAUUGUAUCGUGGUUUCAGUAGGAGAAGCACUGCUGUGAAAGACAUCAGCUUGGGGAUUUCAAGGGGGGAGUGCUUUGGACUGCUUGGUACAAAUGGAGCCGGGAAAAGUACAACGUUUAAGAUGCUGACUGGAGACAUCACCCCCACCGCAGGGUGUGCUAUGGUCAGGACCCCAACAGGGUCUGAAAUAGAUAUACUGUCUGCUAUCUCUGAGGGCAUUCUGAUUGGCUACUGCCCACAGCAAGAUGCCCUGGACGAACUUCUAACUGGUUGGGAGCAUCUUUAUUAUUACUGCACACUACGUGGAGUGCCAACACAAUAUAUUCAUAAGGUAGCUGGGGACCUUGUUAGCCGAUUACAUCUGGACACCCAUGUUGACAAACUGGUGAGGACAUACAGUGGUGGCACAAGGAGGAAGCUAUCUGCAGCUCUGGCUUUGGUUGGCAAACCACAAAUACUUUUACUGGAUGAGCCCAGUUCUGGAAUGGAUCCAUACUCUAAGCGGUACCUCUGGAAAACAAUCAUGCAGGAAGUUCAGGAUGGCUGUGCAGCUGUGCUGACAUCACACAGCAUGGAGGAGUGUGAAGCACUCUGCACGCGGCUUGCUAUUAUGGUUGAUGGCAGUUUCCAGUGUCUUGGUUCUCCCCAACACAUUAAAAACAGGUUUGGAGAUGGAUAUUCGAUCAAAGUUUGCCUUAACAAAGAAACAAGUUAUCAGAAUGCUAUCUUGGAUUGUCUGCAGCUACAUUUUCCAGGAACACAAUUUAAGGGACAGCAUCUUAAUCUGCUGGAGUAUCAUGUCCCACGCAGAUGGGGCUAUUUAGCAGAGCUCUUCAAAGUCCUGGAAAACCACAAACUUUUGUUCCAGAUCAAGCACUACUCCAUUAGCCAAACCUCUUUAGAACAGGUAUUUCUUAAUUUUGCUAAACAACAGCAGGAAAUCUCUAGCUCUGCACAAGACUCUUCCACCAGUCGUCAUUACCGUCUGCCAGUCUAGGCUCUGAGCAGGACAUAAUACAGCAGUAUCUUUUAUAAGCAAUAAAAUUUUUCAGCUGGACACAGCCAAGCUGUGUGUGGGAGGCUGGGGUGGAGAGAAGGGAAACUUGCAAUUUUAGAGGCCGAAGUCGGAGGUAGCACCACUUAAUAGUAAGAAUGAUUAGUAGAUGUAUGCAUGC